AUGGAGGGCAUCAAGACUUUUGCUCUGGGAGAUUUUGAGCUCCAGAAUGGAGUUCUCCCGAAUGCUUGGAUCGCUUACAAGACGUUUGGCGAUCCCUCUUUGCCUGCAGUUCUUUAUCCUUCAUGGUUCUCUGGAGCUAUCUACGACAACGAAUGGCUUAUUGGAGACGACAAGACAUUGAAUCCGGCCAAAUACUUUAUCAUCAUUCCGGCUCUGUUUGGAAACGGCCAAUCCACAAGCCCAUCCAAUUCGGACAUUAGUCCAUUCCCUCAGGUCUCUUUCUACGACAAUGUACGAGCUCAGCAUCAGCUUGUUACCGAGGGACUCGGCAUCAAACACCUCCAUGCAGUUUUGGGAUGGUCCAUGGGAGCUGCUCAGUCUUUCCAAUGGGCCACCCAGUUCCCCGACUUUAUGGACGUCGUUGUUCCCUUUUGCGGGUCUGCCAGGACAUCUUUGCACAAUCAGGUCUUUCUCGAGGGCGUCAAGUCUGCACUCUUGGCUGCGAAGGGUACCUGUUCAGCCGGUAGUUGCAAGGACCGACUCGAGGGGUCACACUUGUCGAGAGUAUGGACCGACAAGGAGAAAGAGGUUGGUCUGAAAGCAUUUGGCCGAGGAUACGCAGGUUGGGGUUUCUCUCAAGCAUUCUACCGUCACGAACUCUUCAAGAAGCACUACAGCGCUCCCGAUCUCGAGACAUUCAUGAGGGAAUUCUGGGAGAAAUGGGCCCUCAGCAAAGACCCCGAGAAUCUCCUUGUCAUGCUCCAAACUUGGCAGAGCGGAGACGUCAGUAAGCAAGAGCCAUACAACGGCGACUUUGAAAAGGCAAUGGCCAGUAUCAAGGCAAAGACUCUGGUUCUCCCAAGCAAGACGGACCUCUACUUUCCUCCCGAGGACUCCGAGUACGAGGUUGCCUGCAUGAAUCCCGAGAUUGCAGAGCUCGACGUUUAUCCGUCUAUCUGGGGGCAUUGGGCUGGAGGACCCCCGGGAAACAUGGAGGAUGUCAAGUGGCUUGACGAGAGAUUGAGGAGAGUGUUUGGUGAUUCUGUGGAAGGUCUAAGCGAGGCAACCGCUAAGGUUCAGAUUUGA